AAAAGAGCUAAUUUCAUACAAAAAUAGCGCCGAAUGUCAAGGUUUGACAAACCAUGUUGAAAUUCAAAUUCUAAUUUCUAAUUUAAAAUCCCACAAAAAUGAACAAAUCAAAGCAGUCAAAGCAAGAAAUGAACAACAGGAAGGACAAGGAUAAUAACCAGAAACCGCAAGCCAAAACCGCCGACGAAAAAAAGACUGAACAAAAAAACAAACUAACCAGAUGCACCAAAGACAGACUAGCAAUUUUGGCGAUUCCUCCUGAAUUCUCCGAACCAAAGACAGAGUUUUUCGAUUUGUCCAAAGCCCAGUUGAAUUCUGAAGAUAAAUGCAUUGUCGAACUGAUUUUAAACUACGAAGAACAGCAAGGACUCGAUGUGGCAGAAAAUUCUCCUCCGGUUCGUAGAAAUAAACGGUAUUUUAAUGUUUAUGAUGGGAGAUUUAAAAAAAAUAAUUGAAACUGUACAUAAGUAUUCUAAGUUUUGGUAACUUUGCAUCAGGAAUUAGUCUUUAACUCAUUUUAAGUAUUCUUUUAUUUUUAUAUCAUAAAAGUAUUUGUUGUGUUUCCGAGUAUGUAGGUAUCAUGUCGUACAGUUACUAGGCUCUAGAGGACAUAAUAAAGCUACCUACAUCUUUA